AUCACACACCCACCUCAGACAGCCCAGCAGCAUCAGCAGGAUCCCCAAUGGCCAGGCCAUUUUCUGUACUGGUGGUCCUGGUGGUGCUCGCCAUCAUGUCAUCAUGCUCUCUGGCCUGCAACCUGCCUCAGACCCACAGCCAGAGGAACACGAGGGCCUUGACUCUCCUGUGACAGAUGAGGAGAAUCUCCACUUUCUCCUGCCUGAAGGACAGACAGGACUUCGGCUUCCCCCAGCAGUUUGAUGGCAAGCACAUCCAGAAGGCUCAGGUCAUCUCUGCCCUCCAUGAGAUGACCAUGCAGACCUUUAACCUCUUCAACACAGAGGACUCAUCUGCUGCCUGGGACAAGAGUCUGCUGGACGCCUUCUGCACUGGCCUCCAUCAGCAGCUGAAUGACCUGCAGGCCUGCCUGACCCAGGAGGUGAGGCUGGAAAAGGCUCCCCUGAGGCAUGAGGACUCCAGACUGGCUGUGAGGAAAUACUUCCACAGGAUCACUCUCCACCUGAAGGAGAAGAGGUACAGCCCUUGUGCCUGGGAAGUUGUCAGAGCAGAAAUUGUGAGGUCCUUCCUUUCAUCUCAAAAAAUUGCAAGAAAGUUGAAGGACUAG